AAAAAGUUGCAGCUGUAACUGCGAGACGUUUAUGGUCUAAAUAUUUUUUUCAAGCAACUACUGGAGCCUCAGACGGCUGUUGGAGUAUGGGGAGGAAAUACUGAGUCUUAAUAUUUCCAAGGACAACGACGUGCUGGGCAUAUUUUUUGUGAAACAGCUUUAUUCGGGGAACGCGAGCGCUUCGCCAGAGCCGCCCACGCGAGCCGCGCCUGGUACAGCACAACAAGCGUCCCCUUUGACUGGUCACGUGACAGGGAGGAAAGGAACGACAGAAAAAAGAAAGAAAGAACGAACUACAAAUAAAGGAAACCAGAGUUUAGCCUGGAGGAGGUAGGAGUCGUCUUUAUCCGCAGGAGACGGAUGAUGGAGGUGGAGAACCGAUGAGAUGGGAAGUCCAGAUGUGAUGGGAGCACUGGGGCGGCUGUCAGCUGGACAUGAGACAAGAACGUGAAUAAAGACUCUACAGGGCGGAGAAGGAUGAAGCUAAACGAACGCAGCGUGGCGCACUACGCCACCUGUGAUUCGCCACCAGACAAGACUGGCUUCCUGUUCAAAAAGGGCGAGCGCAACACGGCGUAUCACCGCCGCUGGUUCGUCCUGAAGGGCAACAUGCUCUUCUACUUUGAGGAGCGAGACAGCCGAGAGCCCAUCGGCGUCAUCGUCCUGGAGGGCUGCACCGUGGAGCUGUGCGAGUCCGUGGAGGAGUUCGCCUUCGCCAUCAAGUUCGACUGCGCCAAGGCGCGGGUGUACAAGCUGGCAGCGGAGAACCAGGCGGCCAUGGAGUCGUGGGUGAAGGCUCUGUCGAGGGCCAGCUUCGACUACAUGAGGCUGGUGGUGAAGGAGCUGGAGAGGCAGCUGGAGGAGAUCCAGGACGCCGCCGGAGCUGGAGGCCAGCAGGCCAGGCCGAAGCCUUCCCGGCGGAAUCAAGUGGCGCGAUCCAGGUCCGGGGCGUCCUCCUCUUCGUCUUCAUCGUCUUCCCUCUCGUCAUCGUCAAGCGCUCCUUCCAUGGCUGCCGUUUACUCUGCUCAGAAGAUGCUUCAGGAUGAGGUGCAGCUCAUCUCCGGGAGUUCCAGGGAGAACGGAGUCGCAUGGAGCAAACCUCCGUCCGCCACGGCUAACGGGUCGGCAGAGGCGGCGCCGUCCUGCGUGACCUGGGACGGCUGCACGGAUGCAGGGACGGUGUCUGGAUGUGCGGGCGACGGCGGGAGGGCUCCGCCAGUGCCACCACGGCGGUUAGGAGCGUCUCUGGAGAGCCCGGUCUCUCCUGACACAGCCUGCUUCUCCAAACUCCAUGACUGGUACGGCAGGGAGGUGGAGGAGCUGAGAGUGCAGUGGCUGCAGAGCCAGUAGACUGAUGGAGGAGGAGGAGGAGGAGGAGGAGAAGCAGGAGGAAGAGGUUCAGUCAUUCCUUUCGGAUCAUUCUGCAGUGCUUCCUGAACUUUCCACACAGCAAAACAUUAAAAACAGUCUGAUAUCAAAAAUCAGUCUUAUUAUUUAAACAAAAGCAAGACAUUUGGGAGUGAUUUCCAUUUCCAGUCUUGUCUUCUAUAGAGGAAUCUGUUGUGUUUUUAAUCUAACACUAUCUGCUCUGCAAUCAAGAAGCACAAAAUAUGCUCACAAAAUAGUAAUUUCCUCAAAAUAUUAAAAACACACUACUUAAGAAGGGAAUUAUCAGAUUUUCUUUAACUCACAGAGUGGUCAUAGAGGGUAUUUCAAUCAGAAAAAUGUGUUUUCUACAGCAAUCACUGCAAAUUGUUCUGUCGCUUCCUGUACGUUUGUAACAUCUAAUUUGUUUUCUGUCAUGUUCUCAACCAUUCGGAUUAAGAUUACUAAUCUGUCUAGUUAUCAGGAAAAAUGCUGAAAGUAAAUACUACAAUAUACAGUGACUUGCCAAAGUUUUAUACCUCUUAAACUUUUUCACCACAAACUUGAAUGUAGUUUAUUAUCAGGAGUUAUGUGACAGGCCAACACAAAUAAUCCGAAAGAUCUGGCAAUACCAACUUAAGCACAUAAAGAGACUGAAAUGUUUUCCCAUUCUUCUUCUGCACAGAUCGGCUGGAGCUAAUUCGAUUAUUUCUGGAUUUUUAUGUUUUCUUUUGUUUCCACUAAAAUACGAUGUAGUUUGUGCCUGGAAAGUGACGCAAUGUUGAAAAACUUGUGCAGUACUAAGAUGUUAACGAUAAUUAGACGCACCCGCUGCCCUCGGAGCGCUAACAGUCUGAUUUUCUGAUUCAAGUGAAUAUACAGAAACCGUUCACCUGAACCAGGUUCUCGAUGCUACGUAAAAACAAUAGCACUUUUGCGUUCCCCACUUAAAGCUCCCUGGGUUUCUCCCCGGAGGCCUUGGCAGUCGCCAACAUCCUCGCCGCAGUCACCAGGGACCAUGUGUGGAGCUGGAUGUUCUGAUCAAGGCAAUAGAAACCUUUUUAUUUUUAGUCGCUCUUAUCCAGCGGCCAGAUGAUGCUGUGUCAGAAGAGUGCUUGUCAUUUAUUCCCCGUUGAGUCUCAUGCUCCAUGGAAAAGGAGGCGGUUUAUCCGCGGGAUUUAUUGGUCCCAGUUCCUGUUUUUGUCUUGGUCUGAAGCACAAUCCAGUCUGGAGUUUCGAUUGUAUAUUUACAACUUAUUUUUUACUGUGAAUGUUACUGAUAAGACGUCUCACAGGCCUGGAACGAACGUGAACACCCAAUUUUAUUCGAUUUGGAUGCAGAUAUUUACUAAUCCAUACUAAAAACGAACACUAACUUCUUCACGGUGGGUAUUUUAAAACUAUUUGCUUUUUUUUUUAUCCAUCUUAGAGUUGAUUUGUUUUUUAUGUGCCUUAUGUUUUCUUGAGAAUAGACAACUUAUAAUCAUUUCCACGUGAUUUUAACAUUGCCUUACGUUUCCUUGUUGCCAAAGGCUCAUCUUAAUGCAAUCACUUUUUGACAAUGAGUAACUUGUACUCUGCAUCAACGCACCACAAUAUCAUUCCAGUUAAGCACUCAGCUUGUGCAGACAGACAAUAGAAAAGGUACAGUGAGGAUUUUGUUUUUAAUGCCAACACCUACAUGACUUUUAACGUGUUAUCUAAAGUUUUACAUGCAUUUUUAAACAUAAUGUUUAUGUAAUUGUAAGGUAGAGGAAAGUAUGAAUGUUUCAUUUUGACUGUAAAAUGUUUUUAAAAGGUGCCAAAAGAGAAAAAUGCAUUUUCCCUUUCAUCUUGCAUUUUCAGUGUUGCGUUAUAUAAUUGAACUUUCCUGUCUUUUUUUAGAGAAAAAGCAAUAGUACAAUGUUAUUCCACGGUACACAAAUAUAUGUAUGUUUUGUGUAAAUCACUUAUUAAAGCAUUUUCAAUCCAC